AGAGGCCUCUUGCGUCACAAAGUGGCCCGACGGCGUUCUGCCUGCGUUUUGGUGAAGCCCGAAGAGGACUAGGACGCUGCAGGCAUGUUUAAUCCGCACGCGUUGGACUCUCCCGCUGUGAUUUUUGACAACGGCUCCGGGCUCUGCAAAGCAGGCCUCUCUGGAGAGAUCGGGCCCCGCCACGUCAUCAGCUCCGUGGUGGGGUACCCCAAGUUCAAGGUGCCCUCGGCGGGGGCCAGCCAGAAGAAGUACUUUGUGGGGGAAGAGGCCGUGCACAAGCGGGAGGUCCUGCAGCUGCGCUACCCCAUCGAGCGGGGCCUGGUCACCGGCUGGGAGGAUGUGGAGAGGCUCUGCAAACACCUGUUUGAGUGGGAGCUGGGGGUGAAGGCCAGCGACCGGCCGGUGCUCAUGACGGAGCCCUCCCUGAACCCCAGGGAGGCCCGGGAGAAGAUGGCCACGAUGAUGUUUGAGAACUUCAACGUGCCGGCCUUCUACCUGUCAGACCAGGCCGUGCUGGCCCUCUACGCCUCUGCCUGCGUCACGGGCCUGGUGGUGGACAGCGGGGACGGGGUCACUUGCACCGUCCCCAUCUUCGAAGGGUACUCCCUGCCUCACGCGGUCACCAAGCUCUACGUGGCGGGAAGGGACAUCACGGAGCACCUCACGCGGCUGCUGCUGGCAAGCGGGCAGUCCUUCCCGUGCGUGCUGGACAAGGCCCUGGUGGACGACAUCAAGGAGAAGCUGUGCUACGUGGCCCUGGAGCCCGAGAAGGAGCUGUCGCGGAGGUCGGAGGAGGUCCUCAGAGAGUACAAGCUGCCGGACGGGAACGUCGUCUACGUCGGGGACCAGCUGCACCAGGCCCCCGAGGCCCUGUUCACACCCGAGCAGCUGGGCGUCCAGAACCCGGGCCUCUCAAAGAUGGUCUCCUGCAGCAUCACCAAGUGUGAUGCGGACAUCCAGAAGACCCUUUUUGGGGAGAUCGUGCUGUCCGGGGGCACCACUCUGUUCCAGGGCCUCGACGACCGUCUUCUGAGGGAGCUGGAGCAGCUCGCUUCCAAAGGGACCCCCAUCAAGAUCACGGCCCCCCCGGACAGGUGGUUCUCCACGUGGAUCGGGGCCUCCAUCGUCACCUCCCUGAGCAGCUUCAAGCAGAUGUGGGUCACCUCCGCCGAUUUCAAAGAGUUCGGGGCAUCCGUGGUUCAGAGAAGGUGCUUCUGAGGGGCUGAGGGCAAGGGGUGGGUGUGGGUAGUGAGCUC